UUAAUCUUGUAAUUUAAAGAGAAAUGCCGCAUGAGUUUUGGGGGGGGUGCUCGCAAGUUGGCGCUGUAACCUAGCAGGUUCCCGUUUGGUUCAGUUUCACAGCUGCAGGAAGCGGUCUGCUGUGGGAUGUCACUUCGAUAGGAAGUAUUUCGUGCUGUUGUUUUCUCUUUACGUUUUAAACGAGAUUGGAAGUGAUGAGCCGAGUCGUUUAAUUGUUUUUUUUGUUUGUUUUUGGGAGGGGGGGGAAAAUUACAUUUCUUUCGGAUUGUAUUAUCGACCAACCGCCCUGGUUGUGUUGAUUUUGUUUAUUCAGAAGUGAGUAUUUGGGGUAAGAAUUAUAGAAUAUGAAUAAAGGACCGGGAUCGCGUCUUGCCAAGCAGCCAAGCAGAGCAGGUCUUUGCCAAAACAGUCCAAGCGCAAAACGCGUGUCCCAGUUCGAACAGGAGCUGCGAUUGCCCUUCUCCGACUUUAUAAACAAGCUGGACAGGAGCAUUAACAUCGGCGUGUCCUUUUCCGAGGAAGAGCGGGACUGCACCAUCGACUACACGGUGAAAACCGCCCUGGAGACUGUCGUGCAUGUCAUCAAAAAACUCGACCACGCCAGGAUUCAAAACCUGCAGGCGAAGGCGUAUGAGAAGGAGAAAGAAAACGAGCUCCUCAAGAUGAGGUUGGAAGCGACCGAGAAGGAGAUGCAAGCGAUGCGGCAGUAUAUAAACGGCGUGCACUCAAACGCAGCUCCGGUAAACGCGCAUUUGCAUGCAACGAGCGGUCAGUCCUGCAACGCCCGUCGUAUGAUCAGUCCGGACACUGUGCAAAUCGGUGCCAGCCGACAUCGCAGCGAAGCAGGUCCCUCAAAGGCAGGCUGUGCGCCUCAGAGAGAGUGCCAGUAUGGAUUUGAGAGUGUCCAUGGCAGUCGCGGCUUAAACUACAGCUCAACACCAGGUAAUACAUGCGAGAAGAGGCUUGACACAUGGACCACAAGUGAAAGCGUGUGUGGGAGCGAGGGAACAGGCCCCGACAAUCUCAAACCUGCGUUGGAACCUCUUUGCAUUAAAGAGGAGCUUCUGCUUCGGGAUUGUUCUGAAAUUCCAAGCGACGUUUCCCAGCAGGUAUCUGUACAGCGUGAUGAAGAUUCCUUAUUUGGGGAUCGGUAUGACGUCCCUGCACCGAAAUCGGCUGACGCUCAAGCAGAGGUCCCCAAGUUUGAGCCCAUCCAGGUUAAAGAAGAGUCCCCGGAGUUUGACACUGUACGCAUCUCCUGGGAAGUGUCUGAAGAAAGCAGUUUUGAUGUACAGAAGGAGGCCGCUGACUCUGUGUCUGAACAGUGCAGAGAGCAGCUCUUUGACCGGGUGAAUCCACACAUGCAUGGCGGUCCCACGGGUGGCUGCCAGGCCAGUCACAGGAUUCCGGAAAGCUUUGAGCCAAACCUGGCCAACAUUCAGAGGAACGAACAACCGAUGUCUUCCACGUCCAAUGUACUAUGCAGAUCUUUGGCUGCAGAGAAACAGCGGCGCUAUCGGGAGAGACUAAAGGCAGAUCCAGAAAGAGCAAGGGAGCACCGGGCAAAGGAUCUGACUAGGCCUGGCUGUCUUCCCAAUGGGACGGAGGGCUGCACGCUGUCCGAUCAGGACCCUGCUGUUUCUGUAGGUGCCCAGAGCCAGCAACAGCUUUACCGACAGAUGCUGCAGCAAACUGGACACUAUGAAGAAUACAAGGUAAAGCAAGCACGAAGAAAUGCAGCCUGGCGCAGGAGAGAGAAGACCGUGGAACAGAAGGAAAGGGAGAGAGAACUUGGAAGGAUAAGAUUUGUCUGUCUUCCAACGGCUGUGCAAGACUGCACACACAAAGAAGCGUCUCUUAGCCCAGCAGCACUGAGACAGAGGCGGUACAGACUGAAUUUACAACGAAAGGGACGAUAUGAAGAAUACAAGAAACGGCAAGCCUUACAACAGGCAGCCAGGCGUAAAAGACAGAAAACAGUGGAGGAGCAAGAGCGAGAGCGAGAAUCUUCAAGGCUUAGGGCAAGGCGUUACAGAGAGAGACGGAAAGCCGCAAUGGGAUAUACAGUAAUCAGUGAUGGAAACGAAUUCGUGAACAGUUAAUAGUUGUUGCAACAAACCGAAGUGCCCAACAGCUCGGCAGAACUGAAAGUCCUCCAAUCCCCAAGCCAAUCCCUUCUUUAUAGAGCCAUUGCACCCUUUUGACAAAGCCAGGAACCUGCGCUCAACUGGCUUGUGUCUCACCUGUAUAGCCCUUGGAACCUGCACUCCCCUGACUGACACCUGCAUAGCCACAGGAAUCUGCACUCCCCUGACUGACACCUGCAUAGCCACAGGAAUCUGCACUCCCCUGACUGACACCUGCAUAGCCACAGGAAUCUGCACUCCCCUGACUGACACCUGCAUAGCCACAGGAAUCUGCACUCCCCUGACUGACACCUGCAUAGCCACAGGAAUCUGCACUCCCCUGACUGAUACGUGCAUAGCCACAGGAACCUGCACUCCCCUGACUGACACCUGCAUAGCCACAGGAAUCUGCACUCCCCUGACUGUAACUCAGUUGCACAUCCCCUGGAACCUGCGCUCCCCUGACUGUGUGACACCCUGCACACCCCCUGGAACCUGACUGUGUGACACCCUGCACACCCCCUGGUACUUGCGCUUCCCUGACUGUGUAACUCACCCUAUACAUCCCCUGGUCUAUACCUGGUGAUCCACUUGGGGACCCCACGCACGUGAAGACCACACAGGCUUCCAGCUAGAUGGCAUCCAGUUCGAUCGAAAAUCUUAAUUUUAGGGCAUCUUGAAAUGUAAGGGAUGGGUAAAAAGUUUAGCGACAUUGUGUAGCUGUAAGUAUGACGUUGUGUUGUAUUGUUUUUUGAAAGAACAACUAAGCUAUGAGCUAAAAACAGACAAAAACCCUACAGCUGUGUAGAGCCUUGAACAGAGCUGCCAAGGGUUUUAGGGUUGGGUUAUGUUCUGACAGCAGUAAAAUACCUGUAAUGGAUUUGUUUUCUGAAUAAAUUGUGCUUCUUUGUAUUGUAA